AUGGCCAACCUGACACCCAUUCGUGACCUUGAGGUCAAAUAUACCCAGCUGUUCAUCAACAACGAGUUUGUGAAUUCUGCCAGCGGGAAAACUUUCCCCACCAUCAACCCGGCCACUGGGGAGAAGAUCGCUGACAUUCAGGAAGCUGACAAGGCUGAUGUGAAUAGUGCUGUGGAAGCAGCCAAGGCAGCCUUUGCCUUAGGUUCUCCGUACAGGAAGUUGAAUGCCAGCACGAGGGGACAACUCUUGAACAAAGUGGCUGACUUAAUUGAGAGAGACAUCAGUUACAUCGCUAGUCUUGAAACACUGGACAAUGGGAAAGCUUUUGCCCUUAAUGGCUCCAUCGGAGACACCAACUUUUCAGCACAAGUGUUUAGAUAUUAUGCUGGCUGGGCUGACAAGAUAAGUGGUAGAACUAUUCCCGUUGAUGGCAACCACUUCAGCUACACCCGCCAUGAACCUGUUGGAAUCUGUGGCCAGAUCACCCCGUGGAACUAUCCACUCGUGAUGGCUGCCUGGAAGAUUGCUCCAGCAAUUGCCGCAGGAAAUGUUGUCAUCCUCAAGCCAGCAGAGCAGACGCCAUUGACAACACUGUAUCUGGCUUCUCUCAUUAAAGAGGCUGGCUUCCCUGCAGGAGUUGUGAACAUCCUACCAGGGUAUGGACCUACAGCUGGCGCAGCAAUCACCUCCCACCCAGAUAUCAACAAGGUGGCUUUUACUGGAUCCACUGAGGUUGGCCAGAUUAUCAUGCAGGCUGCAGGUGCCACCAACAUCAAAAGGACAACUCUAGAACUGGGAGGCAAGAGCCCGUGUGUGAUCUUUGAUGAUGUCGACUUGGACACAGUUGUACAGCAGGCACAAGAAGCCUGUAUGACCAACAUGGGUCAGUGUUGUGCUGCAGGGACCAGAACAUUCGUGCAAGAGAAGAUUUACGACGAGUUUGUUGCCAGGAGCAGAGAACUGGCUAAAACUAGAAAAAUUGGUGACCCCUUUGAUGCAAGUACAAUCAACGGCCCCCAGAUUGAUGAGGAGCAGUUUAACAAAAUCCUGGAUUUAAUUCAAAGUGGCAGCAAGGAUGGAGCCAAGCUGGAGGUUGGCGGGGAAAGAUUUGGUGACAAGGGCUACUUCAUCAAGCCAACUGUCUUCUCCGGCGUCACCGAUGACAUGAGAAUUGCAAAAGAAGAGAUUUUUGGCCCAGUGCAGCAGAUUCUAAAGUUCAAGGAUCUGGAUGAAGUCAUUGAGCGGGCCAACAAUACUACCUAUGGGCUGGCUGCUUCCAUCUUCACCAAUGACAUCAACAGAGCUCUGACAUUUGCUCACAGUGUCCAGGCUGGCACUGUUUGGAUUAAUGACCACAACUAUGUGACCCCCCAAGGUCCAUUUGGAGGAUUCAAAAUGUCCGGCUUGGGCAGAGAACUGGGAGAGUAUGGGCUGCAAAAUUAUGUAGAAAUCAAACAUGUUGUUGUGAGGCUGCCACAGUCGAAUGCAGCACUACAGUAG